GAGCGGGAAACGGAAGUGCUGAGGCGGAAAACUGGGAGUGAGUCGCAGUGACUCAGCAGAGUUAUACCAGAAAAAAACACAAAAAAAUAAACGUGCCCACAUCCAAACCCCCGGACAGAACGCAAUGGCCGAAGAGGAUGGUGCAGGUCAGGCCGAGAGGUCCGAACAUUUCUCGGCAGAAGACUACGCUGCUGAGUCGAUGGCCGCAGACAUGGACCCCUGGAUCAUAUUUGAUGCCCGCAAAACACCCAGGGCCGAAUUUAAUGGGUGGUUAGAGUCCUACAGACCCUCACAGGUCAGUCGCCAUGGAGAUGAGGAAGGGGGCACCGGACCCGUGGGUUGGAUCGCCAUCCUUGGGCCGAACUGCUCGGAUGAGUCGGGCGAUGUCAAGGGUCUACAGGACAGCUGGGAAACACUGUUGGACAGCGGCCGAAGCGUCACGUUCCACACCAUCAAAGAGCUUGCGUUGAACCACAACGUCCUGGACGGUAAGUGGCUCAUGCAUUUGGAUACAGGCUUCAAAGUGGACCGCGCUUGGGAGUGCAUCGCCAAAGCCACUCUAGACGGCAAGAUUUCAUCGGCCAAAGUGAGUCCAAGAAAUCCCAAAUCCGACACCAAACAUGUGAUUUGCGUCUACAAUCCCAACUUUACAGAUGAAGAGGAGGUGAUACGGUUGGACUCCGAAAUCCGGGCCUCAGGAGUGAAGUGUGUUCUCCACUAUAAACCGGAUGUGUACUCGUACUUGGGAAUCUACCGGAACAAUCGUUGGAAACUCUGUCCGACCAUCUACGAGAGCAUGUUUGACCUGGAGAGCAUUCCUCGCCGCUCCCACAUCAUCAACAGAGUCACCAAUUUAGAAGUCACCUGAGAAGCUUUUGCGGUACACCCGAACAGUACCGGUCCCGUACUGGCCGAUGGCUGGCGACUCUCCAUACCAUCUGGAUUGACGACAGUUGGACUCUUGGAUGAGGCGUUGAGGAGCACUUUGGAGCACCAGGAAAUCUUGGUCUACUCGGUUUUGUUUUAAUUUCUGUACUUGGAGUGACUUCACUUGAUUAUGUAAAGAUUGAAGGAGAUUUGUCUUGUAAAAAUGUUUACUUUGCAGAAAUCUUUUUGCAUUACAGACUGAUUAACAUUUGAGAUGAUAUAUUGUAUGAUCACCCAGAAAUGUGUAAACAAAGACAAAAUUGCAUGUUGACUUGCGUGAAUCAAAGUUAAUACUCAAACUGUUUAAUUAAGGGCUUUAAAUACCUGUGUUUUUCUUUUAAAACAUGUCAAGUGAAACCUUUAUGUUUUACAAGGUUCUACCAGAGUAUGUUUUGAUGUGAAAACAUUUAGCCAAAUAAAUAACUUUGGAAAUUUCUGUUCCUCGA